GUGAAGGGAUGGGCUACAUUGGACGGGCCUGCAGCUGAGGGUUCCUUUGGUCCCCAGAUGUGAUGGUGUGGUCCAAUGAGCGGGUCAUGGGCUGGGUGUCCGGACUGGGACUGAAGGAAUUUGCCACGAACCUCACGGAGAGCGGGGUGCACGGGGCGCUGCUGGCCCUGGACGAGACCUUUGACUACUCCGACCUGGCCUUGCUCCUGCAGAUCCCCACGCAGAAUGCACAGGCCCGGCAGCUCCUGGAAAAGGAAUUCAGUAACCUCAUCUCCUUGGGCACAGACAGGCGGCUGGACGAGGUGGGCGCAGCAGCUCCUUGCACCUUCAGGGUGGGAGCUGAAGGGGGUGGGGCUUGGCUGCCCAGAGUCGGGAUUGGAGGCGGGGCCAGGAUAGGGGCGGGGUGGGAAGAAGCGGAGAAAUACGGAAGGG